AUGGCCUUCAUAUAUGGCUAUAGUUUACCAACAUUUGCUAUGAUUUAUGAGGAUGAGCUUGUGUUGCAUAUGAAAACUUAUGAAAUAUAUGGACGGGAGCCCGUACUUCGCAAUGUUCAACUGACCCUAGAUUCCAUAGAACCUGAUUCUAAACUCCUUAUUCCAGUUCCGAAACCCUAUGGAGGCGUUAUUUUAGUCGGCGACAAUAUUAUAUGUUAUCAUACCAAAGAUGGACCCCAUAUAUCUCAGUACAUUCCACAAGCAAAGGCCAGCCAAGUACUGUGUUACGCUGCUGUUGAUGCACAACGUUAUUUACUGGGUGAUAUGGCUGGGCGCUUAUACAUGGUACAUUUACUUUCCGAAGAUAUUUCUGCGGCCGCUAGCAAUGGUACAAGUACCUCUGAUAGUCUUUCAGCAGUUCGAAUUGGUUCUAUCCGAAUUGAACUUCUUGGAGAAACUGCGACACCUGAAUCUAUAGCCUACCUAGACAAUGGAGUUGUAUUUAUUGGCUCAACACUUGGGGAUUCACAGUUGAUUCGUUUAAAUCCUGACCCAGAUCCUGAGCGUAAUAGUUAUAUAACUAUUUUAGAAACCUAUACAAAUAUUGGACCGAUAGUUGACAUGGUCUUAUUAGAAACAAAAGGUCAGAAUCAAUUGAUCACUUGUUCAGGAGCUUAUAAAGAAGGAAGUUUACGUGUUAUACGCAAUGGAAUUGGGAUUCAUGAACAUGCUACUAUUGAUCAAGAUCUAAUUAAAGGUGCUUGGUGCUUCCCGAUUGAAUCUGAUCGUUUCGAUGAUACAAUUGUAGUAUCUAUGGUUGGUCAGACCCAACUUCUUCACCUUGCGGAUGAUGAUAUUACAGCUCUACACUUGGAAGGCUUUAAGACUGAUGAACAAACUGUUUAUUGUGCUACACUAUCACCGUCUAGUGAUUCACCUAAGCCAGAAUGUAUGAUGAUUGACGAGAAUAGUAAUACGUUAGAUCCUUUACUGUUACAAGCAACAACAAGUGGCUUACGCCUAAUUGGUAUUCAAUCACUUUGUGGCAAAGGUUGUUUAACAGAAUGGAAACCACCAACUGGACGUGGAAUCUCUUGUCUUAGCUCAUUUCGUCAUACUAUCGUUGUAGCGAGUGGGACAGAAUUAUAUGUGUUAAAAGUAGUUGGAGAAUCGAAUAAUCCAAAAUUUGAACAAGUUUCACAUAGACAAAUGUCCCAUGAAGUGGCUUGUAUUGAUCUAACUCCCUUUAAUCAUGAUCGUGCAAUUGCAGCUAUUAAUGCAGUGUCAUCAAAUUAUAUAGAUUCAACUUCAUCUUCUACUCUUGAUAAAUCUGUACCAUCUUUAGUUGCAGUCGGUUUAUGGUUAGGACAUGGUCUCGCUUUACUUAAACUUCCUAAUUUAGAACUUGUUCAUGAAGAACCUUUACCGGAGACAACAGCAUCAACUGGUACAGCUCUAUUACCUCGUUCUGUAUUGAUUGCUCAGUUAGAGGAUAUGGCUUAUUUAUUUGCUGCAAUGGGUGAUGGUACUCUUUACUUUUAUACAAUUGAUCCUUCAGAAGAUCAUGUUUGUUUACGUGAUCCCAAGCGUGUUAGUGCAGGCACUGGACCUUCAAUGUUUCUAAGACAGUGGCGUUCCCAACGUAAAGUGAAUGUAUUUGUUUGCUCAAAUCAUCCUUGUGUAAUAUAUUCAAUUAAAAAUAAAUUAAUAUUUGCCAAUUUAAACUUGAAGGAAGUGAAUUUUAUGACUCCAUUAAAUGGAUUAUUUUAUAGUGACUGCAUUGCACUGGUUACUCCGACGGCACUCAUCAUUGGAUCAGUGGAUGAAAUUCAAAAACUCCACGUAAGAACUCUGCCUUUAGAGGAAACACCAAAACGCCUAGCAUUACAGUCAGAGACCAGCAGCUUAGGUGUUAUUACAUAUCGUCAAGAAAUGUUUCAAGAAGGUAUGGGAUUCAAACCUGUUCGUUCAUCGAUAUCUUUAUCACAGAAAAUUCCCAAGUCAGCUAGCCGACUUCCAAAGACUGCACCAUCUUCUGUCUCUGCUACUGAACGAAAGUUUCGUGAAAUUGAAGUUUCAUCUCUGCUCAUAUUCAAUCAAUCUAAUUUGGAAAUUCAAUUUGCACAUAAUUUCUACUUCAGUCAAACAUUAGUUGAAGUAGCUGUCAGUAUAGCUUCUGUUCAAUCUGAUAUUCAUAAUGGACCAUUGUUUGCUGUAGGCACUGCUUUCUUAGUAGAAGAUGAAGUGGAACCAUCUAAGGGACGAAUUCAUUUAUUCCGUUGGGAUCCUGAAUCUUCUAGAUUGGACACAGUUCUAGUGCAUGAUGUGAAUGGUUCUGUUUAUCGAAUAGUGGAUUUUAAUGGUCGUCUACUAGCUGCUAUCAAUAGUUCAGUACGACUUUUUGAUAUUAAAGAAGAUUCUUUACGAUUAGCUUGUAGUUUCAAUGAGAAUAUCAUUGUACUUUUUCUUCGUCGCAAAGGGGAUUUUGUUCUUGUCGGUGACUUGAUGCGUUCAUUAACAUUGUUACUAUUCAAAUCAAAUGUUAAUAAUUUUGAAGCUAUUGGACGACAUCGUCAUCCUCGUUGGACAACAUGUAUUGAAAUCCUUGAUGAUGAACAUUUUCUUGCUGCAGAAGUGGAAAAUAACCUUUUUGUCGUUUCAAGGGAUCUACCAGAAAAUACUAAAGAACCAAGUUUUCGUGCUUUAUUAUCAUCAUCGAGUGACACAUGUGUUUUGCCAUCAUUAUCCAGUCAACUACAAUCCAAUAAUGCUUCAUCAUCAAAGACCACCGGUUCAUCAACUCAACCUGACAAUACCACUAAUGAUAAUAUUGUUGCUUCUGGCACUAGUUCUACUACAACUUCAAUGAGUUCAAUACCAUCAUCAGUAGCAGAGGGUCGAAGUGGUAGUACACAAUCAACUCGUCAUUUUCUUGAUUCUCGUCUAACUGGCAGUAAACCGAAUUCCAGUGGUGUAUCAGGUGAAAUGCAACGUCUGGUUGAUUGUGCUUAUUUUCAUACAGGAGAUUUUGUCAAUGUAUUUGUACGUGGUAAUCUUGUGCUUCAGAAUGCUGAAGAACGCUGGGCUGCUGUUGGUUAUCCUGGUCACCUUUACGGUACUGUUAACGGGGGUUUAGGUCUUCUUGUUCAAGUUUCUCCAGUUUUAUUUGCGUUUUUGAAAGAAAUCGAGUUUCGUUUGUCAAAUCUGGUUGUACCUGUCGGUGGAUUUUCACAUGAUACAUGGAGAGCUUUUAAAGCUGAUCGUGAAAUUAAGAUGUCGCAUAAUUUCGUAGAUGGUGAUCUCAUUGAAACAGUUACAGAUUUAAACAUGGACGACAAGGCUAAAUUAGUCAAGGGUUUACGAAUACCAGUGAACAUGAAUGAAUUUGGGACUGCUGGUUCAACGUGUACUUCUGAUCCUGAAACACGAGAGUGUACUGUGGAAGAUUUAGUCAAAGUUGUUGAAGAAAUGUCACGUCUUCAUUAG